GAGAUAAAUUUCUACUCUAGUACUAGUGACUCUACGUAAGGAAGUGCAAUUGGUCCAAAUCACUACUAGACUCGUGACCAAUUAUGUCUGUCUAGCCAUCGAUUAUCUCUUAGACAUCCCAACCUAUGUGUUUUAACAUCAUUCGCUGUGAUCCCCGCCUUCGUCUUGUGAUUUGACCCAGGCGGAACCGGCCGCCGCCGCUAUGGCCCGAGGCCCCUCAUUAAUUUGGCAGAACCAAUGGCGGACUUCUGCCCACAACACUCGAGCUCUGAUUAAUGCAAACGUGUGAGACCUGCUUCAGAAGGCCAGGUUGGCAGAUUAAUGGAAUAAACUAGAGGACCGGUAGGACCGGGCUGGCACUUGCCCUGAGCCUUCUGAACAGAAUCGGAUCCGAGCACUUCUUUCUCGUUUCCACCACGCCCGUCACUGCCGUCAGCGCUGUUACAUUCAUAAACACAAGCCGCGAAGCCUUUCUGACAUGAAUAUUCAUGCGUCUGCUAUAAGUUCAGACGUCGGAGGCGGCAUGUCUAGAUCUCGUAUAAGCACAGAAGUCGAUCACGACGACCCGGAUAUUUCACACUCACCAGAUAUGCAUGGAGAUGCUCGUAUACGCUGGGUAUAUUUUAUGCUAGGAGCCGCUACUCUGCUAUCAUGGAACGCAAUGAUCAAUGCGAAUCCAUUCUUUAUGUCCCGACUGUCGGGUUCACCACUGAGGACGUCAUUUAGUUCGUAUUUGUCCAGCGUCUUCACCGCUAGCAACGUGAUUACAUUGGGAUAUGCGAUUAUGACCUCGAAACAAUCUUCCCCUUACAGGCGCGCCUUCUGGUCCACUGCGCUCACCUCAGCUGUCGUCACUAUACUGUUUUUGACAACGUUCCUCCAUCCUAGCCCAGUUCCAUUCUUCUACUUCAUCAUGAUAAGCGCGUUCUGCUUGUCAGGCUGUGCUUCUUAUCUAUCGAACUCAGUAUUCGCCGGCGCAGCACUCUUUGGCGCACCUUACAUGCAAUCAAUGAUGUCUGGCCAGGCCGCAAUAGCUGUUGCUGUCAGUAGUGUGCAAGUCAUCAGCUCUGCCAUCUCAAUUUGGGGAACCAAUUCACUGGCUCCAGCCUUUAAUGAUACCGACCCUGAUGGUAAAGCUGAGGAAAAAUCUGCGCGCAUAUUCUUUGGAAUUUCUGCGCUGUAUAUGUUUGCCACGCUUCUUGCAUAUAGGUGGCUAGCAUCAUUGCCAGUAUAUGCGACAACUAUGGGAGCUCUCGAGGAUAACGUCAAGGCCCGAGUUGUCUCAGACGAAGUUGACGAACAGCAACCUCUCCUGCCUGCGGCGCUGUCAAGUGCAGCUGAAGGCAACCAUAUUUUCCGUAUUCUCCAGAAGAAUUUAAUUUAUAAUUUUUCUGUGGGAUUUGUUUUCACUGUGACUUUGGCUGUUUAUCCGGCCAUCACUGUCACUAUCAAACCGACGAAUCCGAAUACUCAUCCUUUACUGUUUAGUGCUGUACACUUUUUGGUGUUCAGUUCCGGUGACUUUGUGGGACGAUACAUGUGUUCCUUCCCACAAGUCAUAAUCUGGUCGGCUCGACGUGUUUUGGCUCUAAGCCUCCUUCGGACCCUGUUUAUCCCUGCGUUCCUUCUAUGCAACGUGGAACUUUCACUCCAUGUUACGCCGUUCAUCAGCUCUGACUUGGUCUAUAUGCUACUCUUGGGUGCUCUGGGCGUGUCGAACGGUUAUGUAUCCACUUUGUGCAUGUUAGGCGCGCCCUCGUUGGAACACAAUAGGAGAUUGAAGGGUCGGAAGGAAGAUGUGGAUGUUGCUAGCACCGUCGCAGCUUUCUGUCUGAUUGUGGGAUUAGCUGUUGGCGGAUUUGCGAGCUUUGGAGUGAGGGCUAUUAUCUGUAAUUGCGACCCGUUCACGUCUUAGACUUCAGGUUGUCGCCUAUGCGCAUACCUGUGAUACCAUGGAAUGAUUUAGGACUACAAUUGUAUUGAACCCAUGGACUGACUAAGCUACUCCAUGAGGUAAGAUAACGCGGACCUGAAGUUUUCCCAGGUUGAUGUCACCCCUGGCACGGAGGAAGCCGACGAGAAGUACAUGCGUUCCCAACUAACACGACGUUUCUGUGCUUCAAACGCGCCUAGGACGUGUCAUGACUUCAGGGUCUCCAAUAAUCAUGUGACACGGAAACCUUCGCAUUAUGGAAUCGAUUGGGGUCCCAGGGAACAACAUACGUAUGGCUCUGUCCAAGUAAACUCGCUUGAAAUAUAAUUUAAAUAAUAGUA